AAUGCACUAAUACCAUCGAUCAAGUUAAAGCAAAAAUCGAGGAUAAAGAAGGCAUGCAAACAUCCAAAAAAAAAACCCUUAAGGACGUACCAGUUGCCAUUUCCCCAAAGCUUUCAACCACUAAAGAGGAUGUUAACCCUGCUACGAAGCGAUCAAACCUACCAACUGAAAAAUAA